UUUAAUCAUUGAUGAAUCUGGGGUUGACUAUGUCUUCUCUUGUCUACGUGACUGUGCUUAACUUGCUUAAACUUGUAGGGAGCUGGUUGAAAUCGGAAGCAAGAGUUCAUGGCUGACCUUGAUGAUUAUGGACAGCCACAGAUUCAGGGGAGAUUUGCUGCAAUGGUCGUCUGUUGGCUUCUGGGAAAUGGGUGCCUUUUUCCUGGAACAGUGUGCUUACACUCCAAGAUUACUAUGUUGCCUUGUUCCCGGUGAUUUUGGGUUCGCAGCAUAGCGUAUGUGGACAAUGCCAAAGCCCAACAUGGUUAUUCCACAAGCAAUAUGCAUUAGAUAUGGAUUUGCUGUGGGUUCCAACUUUGUAUGGCUUGUCCGAAUUUUGAUGAUUAUUUGCUACCCAAUGGCUUAUUCAAUUGGAAAGAUAUUGAACUCUGUUCUGGAACAUAAUGAAGCAUUAUUUAGGCGAGCUAAGUUUAAAGCCCUCGUCUCCAUCCAAAGCAAAGAGAUUGCUUCAGAAAGACUCAAGCAGAGAGUAUUUGACAUCACUUGUUGAUCUUCAGGUGAAAAGCUGAUUUGAAACUAGCAUGUGAGCCAUACUUACAGAAAUUCUC